AUGGGAAAUUUCAUGUCCAGCGCAUUCAACGUAGCCGGCAGCAUCCCGGAGAGAUAUAAUCAGGGUUUCGAACGUCUACAAACGUUGCUGUUGAAAUCAAAAUUCAGGAUAUUGUUAAUGACAUCAUAUUUCGUUUUUCUGCCCGGACCGGGUGAUGCGACGGCUUGCAGUUCGCUGAUGCCAACACCGCCCCUACUGUGUGAGUUUACGUCACAUUUCAUAGAUCGCAUGAAAAGCCACCUAGGAGAUAACGCAAAACUGGUUUAUGCAACAAACCCAUGCAGGAUACGGCAUCUCACCAAGCGGAUGUUAUUUUGUAGGAGCGAUUUGUUAAACAAAUUACUGGGGACGUCUCUAUUGACUAGUGGUUCAGUCCAAAAUACAACAUCCCCGUCGGAUCUCAAGAGGAUGCUAGUUACCACAAUUCUGGGCCAAGGACAUCUUUGCCCCAGCAAACCAGGUUGUAGCACGAUUCUAAAGUAUGACGCUGCACUACUCCUGUACCCAGUGCCAGACCUUAUCUGUGUAUGUGAUAUUUCUUGCCCGUCAUUCGUCGAGACGUACAAUUCGACAGUGUUUUGUAAUCUUGAAUCCUUCUCCAGUUCUCGAUCAUUUAUAACGUAUGAUGCUAUCACCGGGAAUUGUCAAAAGUUCACGCUCUGA